AUGACGUGGCGUUGGGACACGUGGUCGAUUAGUAUUCCGUGCGGCUCGAGGGUGAUCUUAGUUAUUAUCCUGCCUUGUGUGCUGAUGGCGUCGAGUCCACCUGGCCCCCGAAAUCGGCUGACUCUAACCUCCGUGGCGCAUGUAGCAUUUCUGAUCGCAUUAACCCUUAAUCCUCUCAGCGUUUACGCGGCCGCAGGCGCCGAUUUAGAGACACUGACAGCCGAUGCGGGCGACUUAAAGGCGCGUAGUGCGGGCAGCGGCGGCUGGCAGAGGAAGCAACUGCUCGACGCGGAUCGCGAUGUCGGCGCGCUCUCGCUGCCACUGCGCGGCGUUGCGACGAAAGCUUGUAACACCGCAGAACAGGCGUCUCACCCGAGUGCAUUGGACGAUACCAGCAGCGUGUUUCACGGUAACAGCCGGAGCGAUGCUCGCGGUAGCGGCAAGAGUGGCAUUAGCAACGACGGCAGCAGCGGCGUUAGCAGCGGCGGCAAGCCGCAGUGGCCGAACCGGCCACACGUGUUCGACCUGGCGGACUUUGGCGGCGUGGGGGACGGCGCGACGGACAACACGCGCGCGCUGCAGAACGCCGUGUACGCCGUGAGCGGCGUGGCGGACAAGGGCGGCGGGCAGCUGUACGUGCCGCCCGGCGUGUACGUGACGGGCAGCGUCAACCUCACCUCCGCCAUGACGCUCUUCCUCGCGCGCGGCGCCACCAUCCGCGGCAACCCGGACCCAUCACUGUGGCCGGUGAUACCAGCGCUGCCAUCGUACGGGCGCGGAAGAGAGAUGCCCGGGCCGCGCUACAGCAGUCUGCUGCACUGCCACAACCUCACAGACGUCGUCAUCACCGGCGACCACGGGGUGAUCGACGGGGGAGGGGCGGAGUGGUGGGCGAGGAAGCGAGGGGGGGUGCUGCAGCACUCGCGGGGGGCGGUGGUGGAGGCGCUGUGGAGCUCUGCUGUCACCAUCGCCAAUGUCACUCUCGCUAAUGCACCCGCCUGGGCGCUGCACCCCGUCUACUGCACUCACGUGCAGGUGUCCAACGUGACUAUCACCGCGCCUCCUGACUCGCCCAACACCAUCGGGAUUGUCGUCGACUCCAGUGAGGAUGUGCUUAUAGAGGGCGUGACGGUAACCACCGGAGGGGGCGGCAUCAGCAUAAAGAGUGGGUGGGACGAGUAUGGGCUGGCGUUCGCCCGCCCCUCCCACGCCGUCACCAUUCUGCAUUCCCACAUCCAGACGCCGCUCGCCGCCGCCCUUUCCAUCGGCAGCGAGAUGUCGGGCGGCGUGCACUCGCUUCGCUUUCACCACCUGUCAGUCUCCCACUCGCUCGCAGCCUUCCACCUGCGCACUGCGCCUGGGCGAGGGGGGUACAUCCGAGACGUGCUAGUGCAGGACGUGACUAUGGUGAACGUGACUGUAGCACUGGCCUUCCUCCCAACGUGCAGCAGCCACCCAGAUGACCGCUUUGACCCAUCAGCUCUGCCGCGCGUGACCAACAUCUCCUUUGCCUCCAUCUCUGGCUCGCUCAUUUCUCAAGCCGGCAGCCUCGUCGGCCUGCCUGCAUCCCCGUUUAAGGGUGUUUCGUUAUCGGAUAUAAACCUGCAGCUGGUGGAGGGCGGCAAGGGCUUUAAGUGCCAGGAUGUGGAAGGACACGCGAGGAAUGUGACCCCUGCCAUCUGCCCCGAGCUGUCCCCUUCAGAAGCUGACCCACUGAAGUGUAGAGGAUGCUCUUCUGUCAGGGGGAUUCAUGACCGGUAA